UUUCCCAAAUUCAGACGUAAAGUCUGCCUCUUGGACACAGUUCUCGUUUGGACUGACCCAGAGCGCUUGCAAUCAGAGAAGGUGUGUAACAAAACCCCAAGCAUUGGCAGGUAAGGGGAGCCGCACUCAGGCAACUACUCUAAAGGCACAGGGAGUGCUCUGGUUACGCGGCACAGUGUGUGUAUAUUUGCACAUUGUUUCUACUUGCUUCUCUUUAUGUGUCACAGAAAGAGGUGAAGUGCGGAGCUCAGAAGAAGGUGCAGAGAAAGGCAGGAUUACACACAUGGCAGGUUAGCGAAAGGCAGCGAGGGAGAAGGAGAGGAUGGGAGGAAAACGGCGACAGAGAGAGGCUUAAGAUUACAGAGGCGAGCACCUUUUGUUGCCGAGUUCGGUUGUGAUGGACGGCUUAUGUUUAGGGAAAGACUGAAGGAGUCCUUCAAUGCACUACCAUAAAAUUCUGUAGGACUGCGGCUGCCGAGGAUGUUCUCCCUCACUGAUCAAACCUGUGUCUGACCAAGGAGGAACCUGGACUUCAAGGAAAGUGAAGAAGAAGGUUAGAGUAUUUGAUGUGACUGAUCCAAAGAUAGUUGGCACAGGAGGGGCAAGCACAAACCCCCAGAGAAGUCUGGACAGGGGGGACCAAGUGAUUGAGCCUUCAGGGUGAAUAACAAGUCAUGCAAGAACAGGAGUGAGGCUGGACAAGAGCGAGUGGGAGCGGGUAGGCUGGGGAUAAGCUGUCUAGACCAAAAUUACAGAGUGUACAGAGAAAGAGGUUGACACCGGACUGAAGAGAGAUCAAGGUUGAGAUCAGAUCUUUGGUGCUUCUAACCUGAUUAAGGAGAAUAGUAGUAAUGGUGGAGGCGAGCUGGGAGACCUGAUCAACACAACGUGAGAGCCAGCUAGAGUAGAAGAAAAAGAGAAAGAAUUACAAGAGGAAGCUUGGUGAAAGAAGGCUCUUAAAUCUGGGAGCCUGAAUUAGAGCCGCAGGAACUACAGAAGGGAAACCACAAAACCACAGUGAAGAUGCCAGCUAAUGGGAACCGUCCCCUGAAGUUACAGUUUGGUUUAAUCAAUCACGAGGGGCGCUACCUCACUGCUGAGUCCUUUGGAUUCAAGGUGAAUGCAUCCGCUCCCAGUCUAAAGAAGAAGCAAAUAUGGACUCUUGAGCAAGACUUCCAAGACACCCAGGUGGUCUAUUUGCGCAGCCACCUGGGACGCUACCUGGCCUCUGACAAGGACGGCAAAGUCACCUGUGAAGCAGACGGCCACAAUUCUGACUGCCGCUUUCUCAUCGUCGCUCAGUCAGAUGGUCGCUGGGCCCUGCAGUCUGAGCAGUACCUCCGCUUCUUCGGUGGCUCCCGGGACUACCUGUCUUGCUUCGCCCAGUUAAUCACAGAUGCGGAGCUGUGGGCAGUACACCUGGCUCUGCAUCCGCAGGCCAACCUGCUGUCUGUAGCCCGUAAGCGUUAUGCCCACCUCUCCAUGGAGGAUGGGGAAAUCGCUGUGGAUCUGAACAUUCCCUGGGGUGUGGCAGCACUCCUUACCCUUGUCUACGUGGACGGGAAGUACUGCCUAAAGACCUGUGACAGCCGCUUCCUCAGCAAUGACGGAAAGCUCUUAACGCAGAGCAGCAGAGCCACGGCAUUCACGUUGGAGCUGAAGUGCGGGAAGCUGGCCUUCAAAGAUUGCGAGGGGAAGUAUUUGUCGCCCAUGGGGCCCACAGGGACACUGAGGUCUGGAAGAUGCUCCAAGCCAGGCAAAGAUGAACUGUUUGACCUGGAGGAGAGCCACCCGCAGGUGGUUCUGAUAUCGGCCAACGGGCGAUACGUCUCCAUAAGACAAGGAGUGAGCCUCGCAGCCAAUCAGGAAGAUGAGACAGACAUGGAGACCUUUCAGAUGGAGAUUGACAAGGAAACCAAGAAGUGCACGUUCCGCUCCAGCCAAGGGAACUACUGGGCUCUGGUGGCCCAUGGAGGCAUCCAGAGCACUGCCACAGAAGUGUCAUCAGACACCAUGUUUUCAGUGGAGUGGCUUGGCCACAAGGUGGCAGUAAAAGCUAGCAAUGGCAAAUACAUCUGCACCAAGAAGAAUGGCCAGAUACUGGCUGUCAGUGACUCCAUAGGUGAGGACGAGCAGCUCACUUUGAAACUAAUCAACCGACCCAUGCUGAUCCUGAGAGGGGAGAAUGGAUUCAUCUGCCACCACAAGAACUCCAACACACUAGAUGGCAGCAGAUCAGUCUACGAUAUUUUUACCCUGCAAUUCUGCAACGGGGCCUACAACAUCAAAGGUGUCGACGGCCGCUUCUGGUACGUGAACAGCGCCGGGCUGGUGUGCUCAGACGGCGAGACCCCCGAGGAUUUCUCUCUGGAGCUGGUGGAGCGCGGUCGCCUCGCCAUUCGGGGCAAGAACGGCAACUACCUGCGUGGAGAUCAGGGAGGAACGCUGAAGGGAGACGGACUCAGUCUGAGCAGCUCGGCCCUGUGGGAAUAUUAACACAAGCCGAUGUUAGAUCAAACCCCAGACAUAAUUUGGCGUAAUUAAGCGUAGUCUGUAGUUGAAUAUCAUGACAUGUGAGCCUUUUCUUCCUCACUGUUGCAAAGAGAACUCAGACGGAGGAAGAGGAGGAGCUCAGACCACGCACAUUGAGCCAAGAGAAGUCACGAUGACAUGAACAGAAUUAGAUACUUAAUGAUGCAUUUUGUUUUGCUCUUUGUCUUUGCAUAUUUUUUUCCCCAUGAAACAUUUGACGCAAGAGCGAACUAAUUAAUGCCUUCGACUAAUAAGCACAGGCAGAUGAAUUCUGCUGCGUGGUGUUUCACACAUGCAGUCGAUGGCGCGUCUUUACUCCUCCUUAGUUCCCGCCUGUUUAUUCACGGCCUCUCCCACCACUUUGUACAGGUGUCACGAGCGGCAGCAAUCACCCAGCGAAGGGUUAACCCAGAUGUGUAAUGGCGCUCGUCACUCAUCAGGUUUAAGUGAGUGAGGUUGUCAUUUGAGACCCACGUAGUCACCAUUACAAGCGAUGUCAGCCACUCGGAGAGGGUUCGUGUCGUCUGCGGCGCUGUCUGAGGUUUAUUAGCAGAUAAUGACGGGGUUUCAAGUAACCACCUCUAGACACCGUCUACAGCCGAGACUCGUGCAAGCAGCAGCAGUAAUAACAGCAUCCCGACUUUUACAUUUGCUCCUUGGUUAUGGGUUUCUGCAUUUUAUUCUUUCUUUUGUCAAAGUAGACGCAGAAAUUGUGUAGGUCUUUGUAGUUUUUUUUUUUUUUUUUAAAGGGGGGCGGGUACAUUUCUAUCAUCAGGACUAUGGGAUUCAAGGGCACCAUAAAAAGAACAAAAUGAACAGAACUACAUGGUAUGAAAGUGCCAUAGAAGUCAUUAAUAUGUACAACCAUCUUGUGGAUUUAAAGUCUCAUAAUAACUUAAUGAAGGGUAAUACAUUUCCACGUGCGAGUGUGUGUGUGUUAACAGCCGGUCAAAUUUAAAUAAAAGAAUGGAGUUUGAGCAAUAAAGUGUGAGUACAGUACUUCCCGGGAUUGAAGCUAACCAUCGCGUCGAGACGUCGUGACUUGUCUUUGAAAAUUGACGUCCUCUCACCGCAAUACAGACGUCAUUAACGCACGUGUGUUUUCACCGCAGCCUUUUUUAAGAGUUGAGUUUCUUCCACUUUGUUGAUGAGCAAAACUGCAAUGUCUGAAGGUUGAACUCCUCGUGUGUUCUCCAGCAUCCGCUGCUAAGGUGGAAACUGUCACCAGCUUGACAGGAAGCAGGGACGCCACACGGGCGUCAUCACACGGCAGGACCUGAGGCCCGCGCGUACACGUAGAGGCCAGACACCUUGACGCGAGCGGGCGCUACUGUUGAAGCAGCCGGUGUUGGGUAAUAGCAGGAGGGGCCAUCAGUCACAGUGGAACCUCCACUGGCGCUCCGGCUGCUGUCAGCGGGCCCGGCAGUUUUGUUUUGCUAACCGUCCUCAUCACUGCUGCAUGUCUUCAGGUUCUUAUUAAAAAUAAAUGUGGUUUUGUGGCUUCUGA